AUGAUCACGCAGGAGAGGCGCGAAGAUCGUGAAGAGAUACACUCGAAAGAGGGAGCUCGAGCGGAGGAGCGGGACCACCGAUUGGAGUGUGACACCGGGGCGGCGGGCUGAACCGAGACUGCAGAAAGGAACGCCGGGGGCCGCAUUCAUGAAUGUUUCUCCUGUUUUGUCUACUGGCUAGCAUCCUACAGGUCAUAAAAAAAAAGAAGGGUCUUUGAAAACCAAGACUUACAAGAAUCAAUCAGUUCAAGUUUCGAAAUUUUUUUUCGAUAUUGAACCUUUCAACUCAAGCUUUCAAGUAUCGAUUUUCAAUAAGAAAUGUUUUAAGCCACGCUCUCAAAUGAAACUUUCAACCCAGAAUUCCUCAAACCGUGCUUUCAAAUAUUGAAAUAUCCUUAUUUAUUGAUAAAAUUAAAAAAAAAAAAGAACUUGUCCGGAAGGAUGAUUUUGACGGCUAUAACACUUGAACUCAGAAAAUACAGCUUGGAAAAUUUAUCCAAAAAAUUCUGAGUCCGCAGAAAAACAGGACGAAGUUUUCAGCCUCGAAUUUUCAGCUCUGAGAAGUCUAGCGUAAAUGCAGAAUUGAAGGAAAAAUCCAGAAAGAAAAUGAACAUUUAAAGAAUGUUAAAAAACAGUUCUAUGGAAAACUUCAGUUUUUACUCGUGUUUGGACAGUUCUUCAAAACAGAAGCCCUGAAAAUGAACUCAGAAAAAUGAAAUUUUUCAAAAAAGAGUCUUAUAAAGCUUAAUUUUCGGAACUAUUUCACAGUUUUUUGCGUUUGAAUCGGUACAGAAGACGAGCUGGAGCCUAAAUUAAAAUGAGAAAAAUCAUGAAAGUUACAAAAAUCAAAAGUGAAACUUCCGAUAGGGCGACCUUUCACUAGGACUUUUUUUGGAAUUUUCGCUAGACUUUUUUUGGAAUUCUCACUAGAUUUUUUUAGUUCAUCAACUUAUCAGAGAAAGGGCCUGAAUUAAUGAUUUGCAGCUGACCUCAAGUUCAUCGAUUUUUGUGGAUUAUUCUAGUAAAGGCGUCCCACUUACUCAGGUAUAUAUUUGUUUAUUAGCUUUUCAAUUUUAUAAGAAUUUCAGGCCUACAUUAUCGAUUAUUCGCCUCCCGUUGGUUUUUCCGGCCGCUGGAUCAUCGUUUGAUAGGUAUUUUUUUCGUCUUUUUGUGCCAUUCAUGGUCAAACAUUUUUUUCUUUUUGGUAAAAAAAGGUUUUUUUCGUUUUUUUCUGGAAUUUAUUUGAAACCUCUCAUCUUUUUUUCCUAUCUCAAGAAUUCUAUUUUGUCAAUGUUCAAUUUUUUUACUCUUUUUCAAAGACGUUAGUCUUUUGAUAGUAGAUUAACGCUUGAAACUUCGGAAAAAAAUUUUUGACUGUCGAAUUUAGAACAUUUUUUUGCUCACUUCUGAUUUAUUGACUUUUCAAUUAUUCGUUGUUUCCAGCAAUACUCUCCAUACACAUAUAAAUGGGACGAUUUCGGCGGCCGAAUACACGGUUUACGUCUCGGCGAUCAUGGCCGACGGCUCGCGGCGGAACGUCACCCAGCUUCUUCUCGUCAGCAGUCAGUUGCUUCUUUGAACCUACGAGGAAAACUGAUAGGAAUUUCAAUUUUUAGAAUUAGAUCUUGAGAAGUUUCCGGCGUCCGUAUCGAUCUAACAAGCUUCUGGUGUAGCCUGUGUGCCACGACUUGAAACUUCACGGAACGACAUUCCGCUGUGCCGCUGCGUGCGUUCGCGAAGCGUCUUUAGGAUCUAGGUCACGAUUUCAAUGGAUUUUUGUUGCUGUAGGAGCCCAUGAAAGUAGAGUACCUUAAUAAAAGAAAAAAAAAAGUUGAAACCUCGACCAAGGUUCGCAAAGGCGCGCAGCAGCACAGCGAAUGUCGUUUGGUAAAAUUCCAAGUCGUGCUACCCAGGCUAUAUUACAAAUUUCUUAAAAGAUCAAUAUUUUGGUCAUUUUGGGAAGAGCUAGAAGGUUCUGCCGGGAAUUUAGGGUAAAAAAAUUUCCGAAAAAUCUGAUUUUUAAAGGAAUUUUCUUAACUUUUUGACCUUUUUUUCGAAACUUCUCAAAAAAACUGCCUUGAAAACGGUUUUUAUCACUAAUAAUCAUAAAAAAAUUCUUUUUUUCUUUUUAAGAGGAUUUUUUUAUUUUUUUGGUCAUAUUGUCCAAUCCAACCUACUUUUGAAAAAAAAAUUUUUCUAGUCAUGGAAACAUGAAACGUCUAUGAAACCGUUUUUUUAUAGCUUCAAAAAAAUUCAGAUAUUAACUAAAGUAAUAACUUCAAAAAAAUUUAUUUGGAACCUUUUUUUAGACCUUCAAAAGGGCGUUUAUAGGCGAAGUCGGAAGGGUUGAAAGUGGUUCCAUAGAAAAAUUUCUUUUAGGAUGGCAAAGUUUCCUGUUUGCUGCCUUUUUGCGCCAUUUCAUCGGCCUUUAUGCAUCAUUUUUGCUGCCUCUCCUUUUUUCCACCGCUUUCUUGAGCCUUUGAAAUCCCAGAAAAAAUGGAAGGCUCGAUAAAGGGACUUUUUUUGCUGCCUUUCUGCGGCCUUUUUUGAGCCUCUCCUUUCCUGCGGCCAUUAUCCACCAUUCCGACUUUGCAAGCAAAACAAAAACGACCUACUUUGUAAGCUAGCCGUGAAUCCACUAUACUUUUUGCUAUUUGUUCAUUUUCCCACUCGGAAGCUCGUCGUGACUCAAUCAUUUGUUUGGCUUGCCGAUGAUCCUCAUGCUUGCCACUUUUCCGCCAAAAAUUAUUAACAACAACAACCGCGAAAUCAACAAAAAAAGAAGGCUUUGUGUCACGAAUUUCGCACUUUAUCGCGACUGUUUGUUUGUGUAUCUUUGGCCCUCGCCGUUCGCCAUUCAGUCACAAAUGUUUUUGACACAAAUCCGGUUAAUCGCCGACCGGAAACACUGCCGCAGACACAUUCAACCGUUCCGUCUGUCGGAUUGGGGAAAUUAUUCUAUUUUUUGAGGGGUCAUCGGGAUAUUUUUGGAUUGAAGCUUUAUUAUUAUCAUUUGACUACUUUUUUUUUUCUGAAGAAGAGGUUCCUGGGAAGUUGGAAAAAGUGUCAAAUAAUGGAUUACUUUAUUUUUUGAAGGGUUAUCGGGUUAUUUUUCAAAUAUUUAUGAUGCAAAAAGCUCAUUAUUAUCAUUUUUCUCUUCCUUUUUUUAGAAGAAGCUCACUGACCUCUGUAAAUUAGAAAAAAAGGCACUGAGUCAAUUUUUUUCUUGGGGUGUGAAGUUAUUUCGAAGAAUUCAGAUAGAAAAAAAUGUUAAUUAUUAAUAUUUUCUUCUCGCUUCUCUGAAAAGAAACUCGAUGACCCAUAAAAAAAUUCAGAACACAAAAAGAAAAUAAAAAAAUUUCUUGGAACUAGCUAAAAAAACAAAAAAAAUAUCUGUAAAAAAACAGGUUCGAGGGCUCAGAUAAUACAAAAAAAAAUAAAUUGGCUUCUUUUUUUAUAAAAUUAAAAAAACCUUUUUUUGAACUUUUCCUGAUUCAAUUUGAUCAAUGAAAAUCGUUCAAAAAAAGAGAGAUUAUCUGCGGACUGAAGAUAGUCUAGAGUACGAGAGGGUCUUUUUUUCUCUGGAGUCUCUUCAUGCUCUCAUUGAUUUCUUGGUUCUCGAAGCUCUUUGUUUGGUCUCAUUACUUCUUCAGGGAUUUCAAAACUACUUGAAAUCAGACCUGAAUUCAUACACUUUCUAAAAAAAUAAUCGAAAUUCCAGGCCCAGACCCACCAACACUAGACUCCGUGGAAACAACAGAACACGAGGCGACCAUUUCCUACUUUCCACCCCAGGGCAAUGAGAUCAGCUAUCAUCUAGGUGAUUACUAAGAUCCUAAACUCCAUCUUGAAUAAAAUAAGGCUUUCAGAAUACUACCCGGAAGGCCAUCAAGAGUAUGCGAACGUCGUGGAGACGAAGGCGUCGUUGGUCCGGCUCCGAGGCCUGGACUCCGGAACGACGUUCCGCCUCCGGAUAAAAUCCAUCUACAAAGGCGUCUUCUCUCAACAGCUCAUCGAGACUACCUUUCAAUACUCAGGGAGCUGGUGAGAAUGAUUUACGAGUCAAGAAAAAAAUUUAAAAAAAAUGCACCUGUUUUUGGAAGAUUUCCUGUGACUUUUUUUGAACUAUAGUAUGCAGAAAAAAAUGCUGAAAAUUUUUCAAAAUUUAUAGUCUGAAUUUUUUUCUGGAAUAUUUUCUUUGAAUAAUUUUUUUGAAAAUUUUUCGAGACAAUCCUUACGAAAAAAAUCGAUUGAUUUUUUUGAAGGAUUCUACUGAAAAAAACUAAAAUUAAACUCGAAUAUUUUUAAUCGUUUCAUCAAACGGAAAGUUUUUUUGAGACACGAGGUUUUUUUUCCGUUAUUUUUUUCAAAUUCAAGUCAAUAAUUGACCUUUCGUCUUCAAAAUUCUGAAUUUCUAAUGGAUUUUCGGGCCUUUUUCUCUCGAUCCCUCCAUGUACCACUUACCAGAAAAGUGUCUGGUCGUUUUGAAGUGCCAUAACUUUUUUCACAGACCUCGUUGACAACUUUUGGGACCAGAUUUAGAAUCAGCAUGAAAAACUACAUCUAGUAAAACUUGGUCUCAUUCAGAAGUCCCCCCAGAGACCCUUCCCUUUUUAGAAAAACCAAGCGGUUUCUAAAGUUAAAAACCGUACUUCGCGGUUUCCCAGACAUGUUUAGGUGGAAAAUUUCCUAUUUUUUGAACAUUCUAUCCGAUUUAUAGAAACUCUAAAAAUGGAAAAAUGAGAGCCAGUUUUCAGCCAACUACGACUACUCGUCGAGUGAGGCGUCGUUCAGCGUCCGGACCCUUCCGCCCAACUUCGACCUCGACACCACCACGGAACCCGCCUACUACGAGUACUCCAAAGAAAUCAUCGACGAGGAAUCGACCUCAGUUGGACCAGCUCCAUCCACAGCUCCGCCAGCUUUCCUGCUCACGACGACCAAAGACUUCUUGCCGACCACCUUCACUGUCACCUUCACUGCGCCGUCGUGAGAUCUCGUUCCAUUUUUUGUCAAUAACUAGCGUUAAUAUUGAUUUUUUAGCUGCUGGUUAGGAAUUUUUCGCACAGAAAUGCUUUCGGAUUUUAUUUUCUUGUGAUUCUCAAAGAGCUGGUGAUAUUGGAAUGGUGAUAAUGGCUGAUAAAAUAGAGAGAGGCUCAGAAAGGGCCGCAAAAAGGGAGCAGAGAGAGUCUCUUUAUGGAGCCCUCUUUUGUUUUCUGGGAUUUUAAAGGUUCAAGAAAUAGUCGCAAAAGAAGAGGAAGCAAAAAGGGUGCAUAAGAGCCGAUGAAACGGUGAAAAAGGCUGUAAAAAAAGGAACCUUUAUCCAUAAUUCUCGACUUGCCUAAGACGGAAGGGCGUGGCACUGUCUGCGCUCUUCUUUAGCCUCUCAGUCUCUAAUUUUUUUUUUACCGUGUCAAGACCCAUUUUCCAAUGCAUCAAUCAAGCUGUGAAUCAAAUGCCGUUAAUGUUUUGAAUCAGAGAAAACCAAAUUUUUUAAUCAUUAAAAAAUUGCUGUUUGUAAAAGGUGCUCGGCUUUCGGUCCAUUAUGGGAAAAGUCAAAAAUCCAUUGAUAAUAAUGUUUCUAUUUUUUUUUUGAUAUCACCCUCAAGAAAUUUUUUUUAGCCUUGUCAGACGACACCCUAGUAGAAAAAUGACACUCUUAAUCACUUUUCCUUCGUGGAAAAUUAAUCCCCAAUUAAAUUGGGUAGUUUAAGGUCGACGACGACGUCAACAUCGACGACUACUUCAACCACAACAGCGCCAACAACUCCUUCUACAACAACUCAGCCAAAAAUGCGGCCACAGGAAGUUGAUUCCGGCGACUAUGGCAGUGUUAACGGUGGCGAGGUGAGCAGAGAACUCCCAGAAGAGAACGAAAAUAAAUAGACGAAUCACAGACUUCGAAAGGACUAGCUACUCUGGACGAAAUGACGCAGGAGUACGGCGAGCCGGCUGAAAUCGCGAUCAUCGACGAGAAAGACAUGCUGAGGUGGGAAAUACUUGUAUUUUUUGAAGACCAAAAGGUUGACUUAGGAAAAAUGUCGGGAAAAGGAACAUUUUAAAAAAGUGGGCAGGCUUUUUAAAAAAAUUUCAAAAAUACCGUAUACCAAAUUAAAUCAAAACUGAGCAUCUUCACUUCAAGACCUUUGCAGUUCUGUAGAGCAAAAGCUUGUAUUUACGGUAGCUUUUUCUUCUCUGUUCUUUUCAAACGUGACCAUCUCUCGCGAAACGCACUAUAGUUUUGCAGAUUUUUUUAGACUUGUAGGAUUUUCAUUUGUUCGAUCAGAACAAAUUCUCCCAUUUUCAGGAAAUAGUCAAAAAAUACUUCCAAGUUUACCUCUCCUGGAAGCUCUCUGUAUUUUUUUUCUUUUCAUUUUUUCAGAAACUUUAUUACAUUUUAAAAACUACGGGUUAUUGAACUUUAUCCGAGAGAACAAUUGGAGAACAAAUUCUUCAGGCUGAGCUGGGACGCGCCCGAGGGAGCCCCGUGUGAAGCCUUCUUUGUUAAUUACACCAUUUUGACCCUGAGCCAGCCCGAAAUCGUUCUCCAUCGCCACUUCCGACGAAUUCGCCCUCAUCAAGGUUGGAAAACCCCGAGAAUUAUCCAAAAAAGGAAGUUUCUAGCUUUUCCCGGAACAUACGCUGGACCUGAGGGUCUUCUGCAUGUUGGCUGGAUCUUUGUCGAAGACCUGGUGGGCCCGACGAGUUGCAGAUCUUUCGAGUAGGCAUUUCUUGGGUUUUAAUGAAAAAAAAUGAUAUAAAUAGUCAUUUUUGUGCUUAUAACACAUGAUUUUUUGAUGAAAUCCGUUGAAAAUUUGAAAAAAGAAAAUAGUCUCAAGAGCGACCUGCGCUGUCUGAAAAUAUUUUUGCUCUAUUUAAGAAAAUAGAUCAAUUUCUGACCAAGUCCAAUCUCGCGCUACAGUUGUCGUAUUAGAUUCUAAGAGUGUUAGGAAAAAAUAAUAUUUAUUUUUGAAAAUCAAAAAUUUAGAAUUUUGUCAAAUUCAUCAUCAAUAAUUGAGUGAAGUUUCCCGAAUUAAUUAAUGGUUUUCUUCGUUUUGCCAAUUUUAUCGAUAAUUGUGUUGAAUUUAUCAAAUUAUUCGACAAAGUUUUCCCAAACAGGCGGCAGAUGUGGUCAAUGGACGUUGCUGCAUGCAAUGGGGGCGCGGCUUAUUGCAACAAUGGCACGAUAGUGAGAGCCGAUCUUUGUGCAUUUACUGGAUGGAAAACAUAGCGUUGAAUAGUGUUUUUCAAGGCUUUCUUGAACUUUGAGAAUAGCUUGAAUAUAUUCCAACGCAAAAUGAACCUAUCGAACUGUCGAAUUUAAUAUUUGUUGUCAAAUUAAUUGUUUGUUAAAUUUUCGUAAUCAAUUGAUACUUUUGUUUAAUUUUCGGAAUUUAUCGAUGAUUGUCUCAAAUUUCCCGAGCUGAUCGAUAAAUUUCCAGAACCCAAGCCUGUAGAAGGCCUCAAAGUGGCCUGGACCGAGACGGACGAGUUCUACGUCGCCCGGAUCAAUGUCACCUGGAAAUGGCCGACUUUUCAUGAUUUUGAGCUGUAUAAGGUCGUCGUGACCUAUGGAUUGAAUAAGGUAUUGUUUUUUUAAUUAGAGCUCCUGAAGUGGUCACUAAAAUUAUCCCUGAAACUUCUUUUUCUUGUGUAACUGGUUUUAUCACUAGUAGAGCAGAAGUUUCCGAUCUUUUUAAAUUUCGAAGGACUCAUUUCUCAGGAUUCGAUGAAGGAGAUCGAAGUGACUUCGAAAGAAUCGCAAGUUCUUCUGGACAAACUCGAAGCUGCCCACAACUACAAAAUCGCGGCGAAAAACGUCUCCACCGAACUUUCCCUCAGUUCAAAGGCUGUCGAGAUCGAGCAAACGACUCGUGAGUUUAUGAUGAUAACAGGCGCUGAGAAUAUGAAAAUGUAGGAUGAAAUGAUGAAGGUAAUCCACUAGAAGGUCUUUUUUUAAAUUUCACCUGCUCAUCUUCCAUUAAUUUUUUCUAGUCAAAUUUCAGAUUCAGAUCAAAAAAUCCCCCUAGUAGACUUGGUCCUAUUCAAAAGUCGGAUCAUAAAAACGGUUUGCGCCGAACUUCUCCAUAGAGCGAAUAAGACAUGAAUUUCCCAGCUGUUUUUCUCUUUUCUGGCCUAAAAUCUCCGUUCUUUUCAGCUCCACUGAUAUCCUCAACGGUCUACCCAGGCCAAAUUUCCUCAACUUCAAUCAAUAUCAACUUUGGCGAAUCGGACCCCGAACAAGGCCGCUUCGACCACUAUCUACUCACUUUCAGCGGAAAUAACAAGAAUAUCUCGAAGAAAGUGGACAUGAACCAGGAGUUCGUUGGAAAAUAUAUGAUGGAGAGAAAUCGUGAGCUUCAGAAAAUCCUUCACUUUCACCAAGUUGAUCCCCGGGAAAACCUACAAUUUCGCCGUUUACACGGUUUAUAAGGGAGUUCGCAGUCGGCCUGUCACCGCCGAUAUCACGACUUGUUAGUUUCAAAAUUAACUGAACAAAAAAUAAUGAGAAUGAGAAAUUUAGACCCAUUGAAAGUCAACCAACUCUACCCGGUUGUGGGUCGGGAUUACGUGGUUCUUUACUGGGAUAUCGAGAAUUUCGCCGACGCCGAUUGCCGUUUCCGAUUGAGGUUGAUAAGUUUUCAAUAGUUCACGGCUGACUUGGGCCAUCGAGGGUCCUGACGCGAAAAUAGAAGAGAUAGUGUCUGGCUGGUGGAGGGCGCAGACAAGCCACGCCCCCUUGGCUUCCCAAGCUUGAUGUGAAUCGAUUAUUAAAUCAAAUAAAAAAGAUUAAUAAAUCAAUGCUGCGGAUCACUUAAGUGAUCACUUUAUUAACGGAAAGACGUUAAGUGGCCACUUGAGAGUUGGAUUCUAAUUUUGUCAUAUUUAAGGCAUAUAUCAGAAAUUUUUAAAAAAAUAUUCAUUUUUUUCUGGCUUCUAAGUUUCUUCUUUAUGUAGAAGAUUUUUCAUAGGUGAUGAAAUUUCGCUCAAAAGGUUGGAAUCUCACUUCUACACAAGCUAAAAGUAGACGAAGUUGUUCACUAGAAAUCCAAACCUGUAGUUGAUCAAGUUGAAAACAAGAUCUCACGGUUCUUCACCUCGUUCUUCUGUGCGUAGUCCAUUGAGCUGCUCCUCGACGAGCCGAUUUUCUCAUAGCCGAUUUUGUAGCUGGGAUUUCUUCAGAAGCAUACUUAAAUAAAUCUCGUUCAGCUACAACGCCGACGACGUGCCAACGGUCUCCGUGGAGCUGAAAGGAGCGAGUCGACAUCGAUUCACGGGUCUUCAGGCGGAAGUCUACUACACCUUCACCAUCACCGUCAUCAUGGGCACGGGGCCGGCGUCGGCGGAAAGCGAGUCCGAAAUGGUGACGGUGGCGAUCCCGAAAGGCCGUCUGGCGCCGGUCAUCGAGCGCCAAGGCACCCGCGAGCUCGUCGUUCACUUCGACAACGACCACUCCGUCUUCUCCGAACUCAACGGCGCCGCCGACAAUUUCGCCGUCAUCGUGUCGGAUGAUGUCUCGGUGGGACUUCUCAUUCAAUAGAAGUUAGGGGAGGAGUUUGAAAAGGAAUUUCGAGCUUUGAUAAUGAUUUUCAUUGUCUCUAAUGCCUCGUCAAUAAUUCUUUUAGAGCUUGAUUUAAAACUAUACCAAAUUUCUUUCAGUUGAAUGACGAUAAUUAUGAGCUCAAGUCGUGGUUCGAAGUCAAGGACGAGGAAGAGUGGGGCUCUUAUCGGUAAGUCCCAAAGGAUUUUUAAAAUGUGUAUUUUUGAAAAUCAGAGCCUCUCCAUCCGACUGGAAUCCGUUCUCCGGCCAACAUAACGCUCGAAAAGCGGCCUUCACCGUCGGAACUGACGAUUGUCUCAAGAGGAACCUCGAUGAACCAGUGAGACUUCAUAAAAUGAUAUACUUUUUGUUGUUAGGAAGAAAAUAAUUAGGGGUAUUUUAUUUUAUUUUCUGAUAUAGGACCCCUAGACUGUACUGAAAAAAGUGUUCAAUUUCUUUUUCAACAGUUCUGCAACGGGAUCCUCCGGGCCAACGUCGACUACCGCGUCAAGAUCAGGAUGUACACCGACACGAAGGUGGCGAUGGAGUCCGACUGGGGCGUCAUCGAAGGAGCGGCCGCCGAUGGAGAGGAAGAGGAGGAGGAGGCCAAUGGUGGGUCCUUUGAAGUUCUACCAGGGUUUCCGAAGCGCAUCGGACGCUGACGCCGCUUAAGGGAUCCCUAGAAAUGGAAAAAAAAAAAACCAGGCGUUUCUGAGUUUUCCUAGUGAUCACUUAAGAAUGCUGACACCGUUAAAGUGAUCACUAGAAAUGGGGAAAAAAACCGGACGUUACUGAGCCUUUAUAGUGAUCUCUCAAAAAUUCUGACGCCACUAAAGUGACCACUAGAAAAAAAAACCUGACACGCUCCGCACUUUCCUGAGCCUCUCUUGUGACCACUUAAGACCGCUAAAGUGAUCACUAGCAAUGGAAAAAGCCCGGACAAUUCUGAGCAUCCCUAGUGAUUACUUAUGGAUGCUGACGCCACUAAAGUGAUCACUAGAAAUUUUAAAAAAUUGUGGACGCGCCCCGAACGUUUUGAAAGUUUUAGUGACCACUUUAGCGGCGUCAGCACUCUUAAGGGAUCACUAGAAAUGCUCAGAAACCUGUGGGAAGUGUCAAGAUUGCAUUAUGGAGCUGGGAAGAUUGAAAAAACUCUGAUUAUGCUCAUUUUUCUUGUAAGAUUCAACUAGGACCGGAUAUAACUCAAUAGUAUAAUUUUCAGAACGACGAUUCCCGUGCCACAUGUACCUCAACGGAUGUCCGCGAAAAUCAGGCCCUCAGUCUUCGAAUUUCAAUUUCUUCCUCUCAUCCUCCGCGUUAUUGCUCCUUCUUUUAAUUUCGCUAUUCUAG